ACCUCUGACCAGCAGUGUACAACAAAACUGGACGGCAGAUGUGGAAAUCUCGGAAGACCAAGGUCCGGCAUAAAUCAGGCACGCCCUCCCUCAGGACAUGGAGUUCUCUGGAUUCUUGCUACCAAGUCUACCGAUUGGAUCGCCGAUAGACGACUCUCUCGAUGCCUUCACCGCAAUACACGAGCAGGAUCUGUCGCCAGUCGUGGAGUGUGUAGAGAUCUGGCCUAAAACCAUCAGUCAGGAAGCACUUCUCCCCUGGAUCGAUGUCUACUUCAAGCGCUUGCACUCCACAGUCCCGGUUCUGAGUCGCACAAUGAUCUAUCAAGAGAUGCUUCUGCGGACGCAUCAUCACGGACCACAGUUCGGGGCAAUGCUCCUUGCGCUUUGUGCAUUCACCAUGACUCAACCAGUCCAGAUUCAUGAGGUCGCUUCGACACCUUCCCGGUCUGUUCAAGCUCGUAUGCUGCUGGAAGAAUCAAUAGAGAUGCGAAUGACUGUGGACUUUGGAGAGCAUCCUUCGGUCUACAUGAUUCUGACAAGCUUUUUAAUAUUUGCUUGCUUGUUUGGUCAUGGAGAACACAAAGGAGCACAUCAUCGAUUGAAAGAGGCCGUCGAUCUCGCCAAUUCCUUGUCGAUGCACUUGUCGCAGGCUUACAACAGCCUUGAUGCAAAGACUAGAGAACAGUGGUUGCGGACGCAUCUAGUCCUAACUGUCACGGAGAGCGUAUGCUCUCCCAAAACGCCAUUCUAUUGGUUUCCGAGGGAGUCCCGCUAUCAAUGCAUACUUCAUGCGCGCCUUCAGCUCCUCGUCGUCCUCGAUGAAUCAAGAUCAAGCUGAUGCCGUUGGAAUGACGGGACUACUCUACCUCAUGGAAACAUUGAGGCCAUUGACGAAAGCGUUGUUGAGUGCUGGGCUGGCUACUGCAAGUACAGCGAUGGUCGAUGCGAGACCUUUGACCGAAGGUAAGCUGUUCGAAUGUUUCGAGCACAACGGCGCGCUCGCGAAGGCUGCAUGGUUGGGAAACUCUCGUUCGAACCAUCUGCGUAUCUCCAACCGCUUCCGCAGUUGCGUGAGAGUCAACUAGCCGACAUCUCGGUCACACAAUUCUGGCUGCUCAACCGACUGUGGGAGCUAUGUAUGUCGCAUGGGCUGCUAUUGGACUCGUCCGAUCAUGCUGAGUUGCAGUAUGAUUUUGCAUAUCAGGUUGUAAACGAGCUGCUGAAUGCUUGCGACAGCUUGAGUCUAUGUUCGAUGGAGGUUCAUGGCGUUGGCUUGGUUGAAAAGGUGUACGAUAUCGCCGUGAGCCUCAGCAA